CGUUCACGGACGGCAUGGAUGGCCUCAAAAGCCGAGCAGUGCUACGCAUGUUCCCACCUUAGUUUCCCUUCACCACGUCGUCUCGCUCCCUGUUAAGUCUGCCUCGUGCGCUAUCUGCAAUGAGUGCAACACUCAAUCCAUCGGCACUAUCGUCCUUGCCGCCUGCAAAUGAGAUUCCAUCUGCAUUCGCGGCAAGCAUGAAACAAUGGUGGGCGGCGGGGGAGAAGCAAAGUGCCAUCAGUGAGGAGCGGCUACUAAGGCGGCUGCCUUUCUUUCGCAAAGAUGCGUCGACUUCAGUAGACGGACCAGUGGUGGCUCAUAGCUCUAGGGUCGAGCUCUCUACACCAAAACACUAUGUUAAUACCUUCUCUAUAACGCCAACCUCUUCAUCACCAACGGCACCGCCGCCCACAGUUCUUCUUCAUGGGUACGGCGCUGGUCUUGGGUUCUACUUUCAGAAUUUCCUGCCACUUGCCAACUGGGCUGGAAGGCGCGGGAGUUCUGUCUAUGCGCUCGACUGGUUAGGCAUGGGCCGCUCUGCCCGGGUGCCUUUCACUGUCAAGGCUUCACGCAAGGACAUUCCAGGACGAGUCAAAGAAGCCGAAUCAUUUUUCAUUGACUCUCUAGAGGACUGGCGUCAGAAAAUGGGCCUUGAAAAGAUGACCCUUGUCGGCCAUUCUCUUGGUGCAUAUUUCAGUGUCGUCUACGCGCUUAAAUAUCCAACGCGAGUCAACAAGUUGAUUCUAUUGUCACCCGCCGGUGUACCCCGCGGACCUGAUUAUUCUGUUCCUUCACAAGAGCUGGAACCUUCGGAAUCGCAUGGUCCUGGUGGGUCGACAGAGCCAGCAACGAGACAGAAGGUACAGGAAAUUGAGUCUCGACAACGGACUUCCAAAGCCCAAGAGAGCCGAACUAGAAAGCUUUUCACUUAUCUGUGGGAAGAAGGAUGGAGUCCAUUCCAGGUGGUCCGAUCGACCAUGUUUUGGGGACCGUUGAUAGUUGGCAAGUACUCAUCGCGACGAUUCACAGGCUUGACGCCCGAGGAGACGCGUGACAUGCACGAUUACAUUCUCAACAUUACUCUAGCGAAGGGCUCGGGAGAGUACUGCAUAUCCCAUAUUCUCGCUCCUGGCGCACAUGCCAGAAUGCCCAUCGUUGAUCGAAUCUCUGCCCUCAAGAUCCCGGUAACUUUCGUCUAUGGCGACCAUGAUUGGAUGGACCCAGAAGGAGGUCAAGAGUCUGUCGAACGACUACGCCAGUCCGGUAAUGGUCAAGGACGCAUGUACAUCGUCAACAAUGCGGGCCACCAUGUUUAUCUUGAUAACGCCAAACUUGUUAAUGACCUUCUACUUAAAGAGCUGGACCGUCAGCCCCCGGUGUAACCAUACUUUCUUUGCUUUGGUGCGUUUGUUGUAGAGCUUUUCGGACGCACAGUAUUAGAACUAUCUAGAACACUGUAUUAGCCAUCAGAUACCUUUUACAUUAACAUCUAAUCUCAAUCUGAUUCUAUAUUUAGUCAAGUGGCUGAGUCACGAUUGAAAGGCGCAGCCACACAUACAAACUCCGCUUUAUAAAACUUUG